AUGCAUCCACACUUGAACAGAACCGACAGCGAGGAGGAAUGCCACGCCCGCGGAUUCAUGUGGAAGGCCAUUGGGAUGUGCAAUGGGGCAAAACAUAAUUUGAAUAUGUGUUUGCGGGCUGAGAGGCUUGAGCGGACCAAGAAGAAUAGGGAGGCGGCAAAGGAUAAGAAGAAAGAGAUUGUGCAGAAGUGGGCUGAGAUUGAGGCGAAUUCAUGAUGGUGGGGGGCAUUACAGUGGGAAGGGAGUUGAGUUGGAGUUGGAGUUUUUUUCCAUGCGAGAAUGUAGCUGCAUCGCAUACUAUCGCAAACGGCAAUGGGGGGUAUCUGUUCUCCCUCCUCAUUAUAUAUCGGUAUGAACUUAUAUUUCCUCUUCAUCCUAUAGAAAAAGACAAUACCGAAAGAAAAAAGAACUCUCUCUAAAUCCGCCUGUGUAAUCCCCUCCUCUCCCUCAUCCACCCCUCGCCCGAUCCUCUUCUAGAUCCUCUCAGGAGGAGCCUCACCAACUCUAUCAAACAACACCAAAUACCCCAACCCCCGGUCGAGCAACAGCCUCCCGCAUACCUCCCCAACGAGCGCCUCCGCAUAGCUGUUCUACCUUCGUCUAAGCACAACUAAUACUUCCCCUCCUAGUCGGCCCGUCCCAGAUAACAUCUAGCGACGGGCCGAUCCUAAUAGCAUAAGCCCCCACAUCCCCACGGGAAGCCAUCACGCGAAUCCUCUCAACACAGCACCCAACCCCAAGCUCAUUCGCGUGCGCCUCUAUGUGAGAAUCCCGGAAUAUCCCCGCAAGAACUUCCAGCCACCUUUCAUUCCGGGGGAAAACCACCUACCUACGUGAUUUCGUGUCCAGCAGGUAAUAUCCCUUCCGCCCCUCCCUCGCUCGGUCGGACAAGGUAUCUUCCGUAAUGGCCGAUCCGUAAAUCGUCUUAAAAGACCCAUCAUUCCUUCUCGAGGCUAGCCCCCUCACGAGUGGUUGUGAGCCACACAUCCCCGCCAAAGAACCCCCAUCCUUAGUCGCGUUGGAUUUUGUCAGGCGUCCCCAGGAUGCGGGGCCCCGCAGUCAUGUGUGGAUCCUUGAUAUCGCAGGGUGGAGAAUAUUUUUAUGGAGCGCCGGGUGGGGACCUUGUCACCGCGAGGCAGAACAUGCUUGCGGUGGCAUCGUUAAUGGAUGAGAUCCUCGCUGGUACUGCCCGGAAUGGGCGAUUGGGGGGAGGGGGGGGGGUGGGUGAGUUGUAGAGGGGGUAGAUUCCUAGACUAACGGGAGCAUGAACAGAGUUUCAAGUAGGAGGGUAAAAGUAUGAUACGCACUAGCAUGCUACUGUGAUUUUACCAUUAUAAGACACAUCUUCUAUGGUAUAAGAUAGAUCUAUGCCCUGGAGAAAGUACUAAACUCUACCGAAGGGACUUCCUCGUAUUUAUGAUUUUAAACCCCCCCCUACGAGAUCCCCAUACAACUACCCAACCACAACAGUAUUCACAAAUCCCCUCCCAGAAAUAAGCACAAAAAUUCAUACAUAAGUCCCACCCA